UGUUAGCUGGGACACUGUUCCCAUCGAUACCAAGUUUGUAUAUGUACUGUAACAUAUCAACGUUCCCCUAGCAACAUUGGUAUUUAUGAAUACUUAUCAAAUUAAGUUUUGAAAAUUAACAUUUGUAUGUGAACACGGAUGUACAUAGGUACAUUUUUGUAAAUUAAACAUGGCAAAGAAACCUACAACAGAGGAUAUUUUCUAUGAUCAUUUAACAUUAGGUCUGAUGGGAACACUUGCUAAAAUACCGCGCGUCCGCAAUGUCUCCUGUGAACAUCGAAAACCUUGCGAGAAAGCUCAGGUUGUGAACUGGGAGCAACGACAUACGGUCUAUUUGCCGGAAGAUAUGAAGAAAUUUUAUUUGUCCACAGAUGGAUUUCUACUACAAUGGAGCUAUCAGUAUGCACCCAACGAUUUACGCCGGGUAGGUUAUAUUCAUCUCCCACAUCUUCAGCAGAUUACACUCUUACGUGAGAAUUUCGAGUCCUCAAUCAGUUUGAGCACAACCAUACCGCCAGCCAAAAGUUCUACAACUAAUUUAUUGGAAAUAGAAAGUCACGAAACAACAACAAUUGAUGGUAUUUCAGGAGCAUUUGGAGGAUUGGGAGUUGUUGGUGAUAACAUAAAUGGCGAAAUUGAUGGUGUAGGUAUUCAUGGAGGAGCAGGUUCCAGCGCUGUACCAUUGGCAGUUGGAAAAGAUCGUUGGGGAAAUCUAGAGCCCGUUAUAACAACCAAGACUAAAAUUUUCGAACUAAAUACCAUUAAUGAUGUCGCCAAAGUGUGUAUGCUCUAUGAGUCAAGUGGUUCUAAUAAUCCCAAAUUCUAUCUACUCGAAUUGAAUGCAAUGAAGUGGAUAUUCCUAUCAGAUACCUUCAGUGAAUACUUGCGCAUGGCAAUAGCUCACUUAGGUCUACCCUACUGGGAGCUGUGCUUCUCCAAUAUUGGGUUGCCGUCGUGGACUGAGCAAUUGUUCAUGCUAUUGGCCCCACACUUGCUAGAGGAUUUUGAGCCACGUCGCGGGCGGCAAGUAGAUCCUGCACCAGAGCAUCCUUACAAUAUUAUCGACACCUCUGUUUUUCGCAUCAAACCAAAAAGUUCUAUCAAAGCGGUAUCAUCAAGAAAAAAUGUCAUGUAGAUGCCUCGGAGCAGAG